AUGGCGGUACUUGAGCCUUACAAGGGCGGCUACUAUCUCUGGAAAUACAUUCCUUCUCUUGCGGCCGCCGUCAUCUUUCUACUUCUUUUCAUCGUUGCAACGGGUUAUCAUUCAUGGAAGCUCCAUAAAACAAAAGCACGCUUCUGCAUUGCGUUCGUCAUUGGCGGCAUAUUUGAGAUCAUUGGAUAUGUUGCUAGAGCGGCCGCACACAACCAAACUGGCAAACUUAUGCCCUACUCGAUUCAGAGCGUGUUCUUGCUCCUUGGUCCAACCCUGUUUGCCGCAUCAGUCUACAUGGCUCUGGGUCGGAUCAUCCGCUGCGUACGCGCAGAAAAAUAUUCCCUCAUUCGAAUCAACUGGCUCACCAAGGUCUUUGUCAUGGGCGACGUCCUCUCGUUCAUGGUGCAAGGCGGAGCAUCCGGCUUAAUGGUGUCUGGCAACACCGCAAAACUUGGCUCCAAUAUCGUCGUGGCCGGUCUAGUGAUCCAGGUUCUCAUGUUCUGCUUCUUCAUUGUCACUUCGGUGAUGUUUCAAGUUCGCAUGAAUCGGUGUCCGACUCCUGAGUCAUUCGAUGAGCGGUUCAAAUGGAAGAGCCACCUUCGAGUGCUCCACGCUAUCAGUUUGUUGAUCUUGAUUCGAAGUCUUUUCCGUGUUGUCGAAUAUGUGCAGGGCAACGAUGGAUAUUCUUUGACGCAUGAGUGGACUCUUUAUGUAUUUGACUCGACGUUGAUGUUUGUGGUUAUGCUUAUCUGGGGCAUUUGGUAUCCAGGGAACCUACAAGUAUUGCUCAAGGAGAACAUGCCACUCACGAGUUUGAUGAGUCGAGAUGUGGAAUCUAGGCAGGGCUACAGUGCUUAG